ACAUUCCGACCUCCCAACCAAAAUCAAUAUGUUCACGUAUCGCCUGAAGCUGAUGCUUGUGCUGGGCCAUCUACUGGCCGGCGCACUGUGCUCCCCCAUUGGCGAGGACUACGCCUCGGGCAUACCUUCGGCUGGCCUGCUGGGCAGCUACGCCGGCGGCCUCACCGGCGGCGAGGCUCUGUCCAAGCUGGACUUCUCGCACGAGUUCGCCUCGUCGGAGCACGAUCAGCUCGGUGCCCUGGGCGAUCAUCUGAGCGAGGACAGCUUCCCGGCAGACUACGGCAGCAGCGAUGGUGGGGAGGAGUAUGCGGAGGCCAGUGAGCUGCACUCCCACUACGAGGAGGACCACAAGCCGGUGCCUGGCAUCGAUCACGGCAAGGGCGCCUUCAGCUACAGCAGCCUGUACGAGUUCAAGGAUCGCGACGAGCACGAGCUGCAGCAGCUCCAGCACCAGGCCCUCGAACAGCAAGUGGAGCACGAACAGGAGCACGAGCACGAGCACCAGCUGGAGCAUCUGGAGCACCAACUGAGUCUGGAUCAUCAUCUGGAUCAUCACUACUAA